GCAAAAAUACACAUUUUUUUCUCUCCUCCAAUAACAUCACCAAUUAUUUAAAAUGUUCAAAGCUAUCACCCGUCUUAACACCUUGGGUUUAAGAAGAACAUUGGCCACCAGCGCCCAAGAACAACGGUUAAAGACAUUCCAAAUUUACAGAUGGAAUCCGGACACUCCUGAAAUCCAACCCAAAAUGGAGUCAUACCAAAUCGACUUGAACCAAUGUGGUCCCAUGGUGUUGGACGCCUUAUUAAAGGUCAAGAACGAGCACGACGCCUCGUUGACGUUCAGAAGAAGUUGUAGAGAAGGAAUUUGUGGAUCCUGUGCCAUGAACAUAGGAGGUACAAACACAUUAGCAUGCUUGUGUAAAAUAGAUCAAGAUGCUUCUAAGGACUUGAAGAUUUAUCCAUUGCCACACAUGUUUGUUGUCAAAGACUUGGUACCCGAUUUGACCCAUUUCUAUAAGCAGUACAAGUCGAUUCAACCAUACUUACAAAGAGACACACUUCCAACCGACGGGAGAGAAAAUUUACAAAGUAUCGAAGACAGAGCCAAAUUGGACGGGUUGUACGAAUGUAUUUUAUGUGCCUGUUGUUCUACGUCGUGUCCUUCUUACUGGUGGAACCAGCAAGAAUAUUUGGGUCCUGCUGUGUUGAUGCAAGCCUACAGAUGGUUGAUUGACUCGCGUGACGAAGCUACGAAGAUCAGAAAGGAAAUGUUACAAAACUCCAUGUCGUUGUACAGAUGUCACACCAUCAUGAACUGUGCCAAAACCUGUCCUAAGGGAUUGAAUCCUGGAAGAGCCAUCGCAGAAAUCAAGAAGCAAUUGGCGUUUGAUUAGGUUCCAUCCCUCUCCUCGGUCCCUUUUUUGUGGGGUGCGGCCCCGUAAUUUAUUAUCACCAAAAGUGCAUGAUGUAUCGUCCCUAUUUAUUCAUAAUAAUACACAUACUAUAGUU